AUGCCUGCAAUGGUCGUUGCAAUUGACAGUACACUCUAUUCUGGUCACAGUAUGCCGUAUACACUUGGAACACUAUCAGCUGGUACGUGUAGCUUCAUGUUUGAUCCAGGUGUUGGUGACUACUACGCUACGAUUAAUCGUGAACAGUGGAAUUCAUCACUUAACUGUGGUCGAUGCGCCGAAGUAAUAAGCGGUGAUAUAACCGUUGCGGCUACGGUUUACAUCGUGGACGAAUGUCCGCAAUGCAAUAUCGGAGGUCUUGGCUUGUCUCCGAUAGUUUUACAGCAGUUAAACGGUAAAUCGCCCAGAGAUACGAUCAAGUGGAAGUUUACCGACUGCCUUGGGCAUGGCAAUAUUGAGUACUGUACGAAUAGUCUCAGUAACAGCUCGUGGUUGGCUGUACAACCAGUAAAUUCUAUUACUGGAAUAGCAAAAAUGAAAAUUGCUAAUCGAGACGUGACCAUGCUGGACUCGGGCUACUAUUUCCUGUUAAAAGGUGAACCAACCGUCGAUAUGUCAGCAGUUGACAUUGAAAUCUUGUCAAUCUCGGGUGACACAAUAACGGAAAAAUUGUCGCUGACUCCAGGCAAAUGUACCGCUGGUACUUCGAAUUUUAAAGUCAGGGCAUUAAAGAGCAACAACUUUGAAACUCUCAUUCCGGGCAGCGAGUAUAAGGCAGGCCAAGUAGGUCCAGCGGACGACACGAUGCUUGCUUCUACUAUGUCCGCGCCAUCAUCAUCAGGCUUACACCUGCUUCUAGUUGCCCCCGUGGUUUUGGCUGCACUGGGUAGCAUCGUCGCGGGUGCGUUCGCCUACGUGGCGAAGAGGAAGAAAUUGACUGAACUACGUAAAUCAGUCACUAGUCCAUUCAGUACCCUCAGCUCUCCAGCAAUUCUCAGUGACUCUAUCGCCAAGAUGUAG